AUGAAGACUCUAUUUUGGAAUAUCAGGUCUGUGAAUUUACAGCAAGCUUUUCAUAGAGUGCAAAUGUUACAUAGGCAUCAUAAAUUCUCCAUCAUUGCUUUGAUGGAACCAUUUCAGCAUGUUAGACACAUUCAAGGAUUUAGAAGGAGAUUGGGCAUGAGGUAUGCACAUCAUAACUGCAAUGGUAAAAUUUGGUUCUUUAUAAAUGAUAAUAUAGAUGUAGAGGUGAUUCAGGAUACAGAUCAACAGAUUACAGUUAAGCUAAAUUUUCAGGAGGAUAAUAAGAUUCUUAUGACUACUAUGAUUUAUGCAAAAUGUGAAGCAUUGGAAAGAAUUAGUCUUUGGGAUAAUUUUUAUAACCUGGCUGAUCAAAUAGAAGUGCCCUGUCUUGUGGGAGGGAAUUUCAAUGUCAUUAUGCAUGAAGAUGAGAAAAUAGGGGGUCUGCCAGUUUAUCCAGAUGAGUAUGAAGAUUUUGCAUAUUGUGUGAAUUCAAGUGAACUAUUUGAAAUUUCUUUUAAAGGGAGCUUAUUCACAUGGUGGAAUGGUAGAGCUGGUAGAGAUUGUAUUUUUAAAAGGUUGGAUAGAAUGCUCACUAAUUCAAAUCUACAGGAUUUGUUUGGUUACAUGGAAGUUGAUCAUUUAUCCAAAACUGGUUCUGACCAUGCUCCUCUUCUACUUACUUGUGGAAAUUCAUCUCAACAUUCUGUUUUAUCAGAAUCAAGUAAAGCUACAUUUGGGGAUAUCUUCAAGCAACUGGUAGUAAGGGAAGAUAUUGUGAGAGUUAAAGAACAACUUUUUGAAGAUGAUCCUUCUCCUGCAAACAAGAUGCUGAUCUAA